AUGUCAGGUACAAGGAACAAAAUGGAAUUACAAAAUUUGAUCAAGAAAACAAUCAACGAAUUAUUCACAAGUAAGGAAUUUAUAAGUCAAAUUACAAAAACGAUAACUGAUAAAAUUGAACAAAAAAUGAAGAGACUUGAGGACAACGUAAAAAGUAUGGAAGAUAAGAUUAAUGGUCUAGAACAAAAAAUGGCUGAUUUCGAACAGAUGGAGAAAAUCAAUAAUAUAUGUAUAUUAUACGGGAUGUCCGAACAAACUGAUGAAGAUUUAAAUUCAAGAUUGCUGCAUAUUUUCAAUCAGAAUUGCGGAAUACCUAUCGAAAAAGAAGAUAUACGAACUGCUUUCAGAAAAGGAAAACAAGGUUCAAAUGAUAAACCCAGACCUGUCAUUCUCAAAUUUCUCUACUAUGGACAAAAGUUUCUGGUCAUGAAAAAUGUUGGGAAGUUGAGAGGACAAAAAAUAUUUGUUGCUGAGGAUCUUAUCAAGAUACGCAAAACUCUCCUACUUGAAGCAAAAGCAGCCUUUGGAGAAAGAGAAGUGUGGACUUUUAAAGGGAGAAUUUAUGUGAAGCUAAAUGGAAGCAAGGUCAACAUCAAGGAUAUCUCUGACAUCAUCAAGUAUUCACAGAAUAAAUGA